CGCAGAAGUCGGUGGUGUGAUAGUGGUCGGUGGUGCAGCCGGGUGGGUGUGGAGUGUCAAAGUGUCCUUUUCAAAUCUGCAGUCAAAGUUCCUGCUCCUGAUAACCUUCGCUCCCACUCCUGCCCAAUCCCGUGAUUGAUGGUGAAAUUCACUCCUGUCCCGCGGCAUUCCCGUGGGACCCACGGGCCGAGGUGUGAAUCCCGAAAAAUAUCAGCCUCUAACUUCAACCUCCGCUGGAGUCUGCACUGGGAUCGGGAAAAAAAAUGAAAGCAUCCAUAUCUUUUCUGGUCCUACUUCACGCAAUUGUGGUCCAUUGCCUGAGAGUGGUGUCAAAGAGAGGCUCAGUGGAAGGAUGUACGGAUUGGUCCGUGGACUAUCUGAAAUACAAGGUGCUCCUGGGAGAACCUGUUCGGAUAAAGUGUGCUUUAUUCUAUGGAUAUAUCCGUGCCAACUACACACAUGCUCAAAGCUCAGGACUCAGCCUCAUGUGGUACAAAAGUGCUGGACAUGGCGAUUUUGAAGAUCCCAUCAGUUUUGAUGGGACACGGAUGAGCAAGGAGGAAGAUGCAAUAUGGUUUCGACCAGCCGAACUAGACGAUGUGGGGUACUAUUCCUGUGUAUUAAGAAACUCCACCUACUGCAUGAAGGUGUCCAUGUCUCUCACGGUGGCAGAAAAUGACACAGGCCUCUGUUACAACUCCAAGAUGAGGUUCUUUGAGAAAGCAGAACUGAGCAAAAGCAAGGAUAUCACCUGCACAGUCAUCGAAGAUUACAUCCAGCCAGGAAUGGAACCCCAGAUUGUCUGGUACAAGGAGUGCAUGCCAAAGCAAUGGAGACAGACAAUCGAGAGUAGAAGGGACACCCUCUCCAUCAAGGAAGUUCGGGAAGACGACAUUGGGAAUUACACCUGUGAAUUACAGUUUGGAAACUUUGUGGUGCGGAGAACUACGGAACUAUCUGUCACAGCUCCUUUGACCGACAAGCCGCCCAAAAUCCUCUCCCCAUCAGAGAGCCAGACCAGCGCCAUCGAGAUGGCACUAGGAAGUCCAGUCAACCUGACAUGCAGAGCGUUCUUUGGCUACAGCGGUGAUGUCAGCCCACUUAUUUACUGGAUGAAGGCGGAAAAGUUUAUUGAGGAUCUGGAUGAGGAGCGGGUACGGGAGAGUGAUAUCAAGACAGUCCGAGAGCACUUGGGGGAGCAGGAAGUCUCCAUCUCACUUAACAUUGAUUCCCUGGAGGAGAGCGAUCUGGGAAACUACACCUGCUACGUGGAAAAUGGCAAUGGUCGGCGGCGUGCAAACAUCCAGAUCACCAAGAAAGUCGAGCUCAUGUACACAGUGGAACUGGCCGGCGGUCUGGGCGCCAUUCUGCUCCUGCUUAUCUGCCUGGUGACACUGUACAAGUGCUACAGGAUUGAGCUCAUGCUCUUCUACAGGACCCACUUCGGCAGUGAGGAUUUAGAUGGAGAGAACAAAGACUAUGAUGCCUACCUGUCCUACACAAAAGUAGACCCAGACCAGUGGAGCCAGGAGACUCGAGAGGAGGAGCGCUUUGCCCUGGAGAUCCUGCCCGACGUGCUGGAAAAGCAUUACGGGUAUAAACUCUUCAUUCCAGACAGGGACUUGAUCCCCACAGGAAGUAAGCUUUCUCUCCGUUGCGUUGUGUCACAUGUUGUGUGGCUUAAAGUCACUGGUGUCUGCAGUGGUGCCGUGGUGUGUUUUUUCUUUUUGUUUGUUUUUUCUUUUUUGAUACUUUAUUGUAGCAAAAGCGGCCCAGCAAGUUGUUUUGUCAGACCUGAGGUCAAGUGGAUAGAGACCAUGGAAGGGUCUUGGUUCCAAAGUUAUACAAAUAAACAUUGUUUAUUUGAAACGUUCCAAAAAACUUACAUCGAGGAUGUUGCACGCUGCGUGGACCAGAGCAAGCGCCUCAUUAUCGUUUUGACGCCCAGCUACGUGGUGCGGAGGGGCUGGAGCAUCUUUGAGCUGGAGACGCGUCUGCGCAAUAUGCUGGUGACAGGCGAGAUCAAGGUCAUCCUCAUUGAGUGCGCCGAGCUGCGCGGCAUCAUGAACUACCAGGAAGUAGAGGCCCUUAAACACACCAUUAAAACGUUGACAGUCAUCAAGUGGCGCGGCUCGGCCAGCAACAACCUCGACUCCAAGUUCUGGAAGCAGCUUAUCUACGAGAUGCCCUUCAAGCGCACUGAGCCCCUGAGCAUCUCCCACGAGCAAGUACUGGAUGUGAGCGAGCAAGGGCCUUUCGGUGAGCUCCAGGCGGUAUCGGCCAUGUCCAUGGCGACCGCCACCUCCACCGCCAUGGCGACUGCACACCCGGACUUGCGCUCCAACUUUCACAAUUCGUACCACACCCAGAUGAGACAGAAACACUACUACCGUAGUUAUGACUAUGAGAUGGCACCAAGGGGCACUCUCCCGCACCUGUCCUCCAGCAGAAACCAGCACACGUACUGCAACAUCCCCAUGACACUCCUGAACGGACAGCGGCCACAGUCCAAGUCGCCGCGGCAGCAGAGUUUAGAGGAAGGCCACGGCAAUAAUGCCAUGCUGCCACUUCUGCCCCGAGAGACCAGUAUAUCCAGUGUCAUUUGGUGACACACACCCCUCGCCGCUACACAGGACAUACUAAUCCAGGAGACGGGGUUGGAUUGGUUUUGUAGCGCAUUUAUAAUUUGUUCUUUCCAUUUUCAAUUGGUCAUUGAAAUGCAAAAAAAAAAAAAUAAUAAUAAUUAAAGCGUGACUCAUUAUUUUGUUCUUUGUUUUUUAAUCUAAAACAAAAACAACAAAAAUGAAAAAAAUGCCAGAAUUUUCACGUUUCAAUUUCAGGCCCAAAUCAGUUUGAAAAAAAACUUCAUUGAAUUGAAUUGAACUUGUGGGAUUUACAUGACCCGGAAGUUUUGUAACGAGCCUCAAUAAAGAUAGUUAUCAGUCAGGUCCACAAACACAAUUCAUCAAAUGAUCAGCCAUAUCAUAACAGAGCCAAUUGUGUUUUGAGUGUUUAGAGCAGUGGUUCUCACGACCUAAAAAAAUACUUAGCUCUCCAAGUGCCACCAUCAUGGCUAACAUUAACAUAGAGUAAUGUAGUAGGCCCAAGUGUUCAUCUACAACAGAACAGAGGUUUUAUUCCUAAAAAAGUAUACUUAAUAGGAUUGUAAGUCCUGUACAUUAUAACAUUAUGGAGUUUGCCCAUCACUGUGCUUAAAUAUAGGUAAAUGAAAAAAAAUCAGUAAUUCAAUAAUUAAUUAAUUAUUCAAAUUAAAUGUAUUGCACACGAAUGUUAAAUAAAAUUGUACCUAAAUAAACUGUUCUUAAAGAUUAAAUGCAAAGGCAUUGAACUUAAAAGUUAAAUACAACUGAACUGUAUGCAGGCAGUGAUUCGCCCACAUCACAUACAGCACAGUACAGCAUGGCGCAAUAAACCAAGCGUUCACAAACUGGUUCUGCCUACAACAAAAGCAAACAGUAUCUUCCGUGUCAGAACUAAUGCAUGAAGCCAAAAGCAAUAACAUUUCCAACACAUUUGUCCUCGAUAUAAUAUGGCUGACGGAUCGCUUGAUGGCUCGUGGUCACGGUCCAGAUUGAAUGUGGCACCAGUGGCAGCUAUCAAGCUAACAUAGCUUUUCUAAUGCUCAUUACCAAUUUUGCAGGUCACUUGAACACAGCCAAUUAAAUAUUCACAUCAAACUCCACCCUGUCGCAAUUAAAUUUUUCAAAUUUUUUUUUUGUCCUGUUCGGGUGUUAGGUGAAGCAGAAUGGAGGAUCUCUGUCCCUUUUAUGCCGGAACAGUUUUACUGUGUCACAGUGGAGUUUUUAAGCUUCCACUGUGGUUUGUUAGUAUUAGAAUUGAAGUUUAUUGAGAAUCAGAGACGAACAGAACAAAGUUUCUAGAGGCGAGAGAGAAACAAAGACAAAAAAAAGACAAAGUACUAAUUGUAAACAGGAUGAGAAGAGUAAGUCAUUACAUUAUCUACGACAAUGAAAUAUUAAAUAUGAGUGUUGCAUGGGGCUGUGGUGCUACAACCUGUGAGGGAAGGACAGGACGAGCUCGAACAGGACAAGGGCCGUGAACCUGGCUGUACAAUUUCAGUGUGUUGGGAUUGACUAUGUAAAUUGUAAAAGUCUAUAGGACGAGAGUACGAGCGAGGGGAUACACAAGCAAUUCGCAUAUUCAUGAGGUAUUUGUCGCAAUAAGUGAGUGGCCCCACACCCAGUGAAAGAGGACACAUGCAAGUGAAUUGACACCAUUUUACAUACACAAUGACUGACAGAAGUGUCCUGUAAUUGCUGCGGACGCUGAGGACCCCACCCAAUCAAUCGAGGGGCAAUUUUGUAUUUGUAAUCUGAACCUUGAGUUGAAUUAAUAAAAAAUAGGACAUAGUGUACAUAGUACUGAAGUAUUUUUUUUUUCUUUUGUGAUUACAUUAAAAACAAAUGAGAAAAUAAUUCGUUUUUGUUUUUCAAUUUUUGAUUGCCCAUUGAAAAUGGAAAGAACCAAUGAUGGGCUGAUUGUUUUGUCACAUUGAACAACAAAUGGAAAAUAAGAACAACCGUUUUGCGCCAUGCCUGUAAAAACUGUCACGUAACUUAAGCCAACACUGGCUAAUAUGGCUGGGAAAAUGCUGGAAUACAGGGUCAUGUACAUAGUGUUUGUACUUUGUAGCAUUUCUUUUUGUUGAUGACAUUCUCUCUGUCAUCUUUUGGGACUUUUUUUUGUUUGUUUGCUCACUUUUCUGAAGCAAUGGCUUGUGAAAUCACAGAAGUUAGUGUGUAGAUCGAUAAAGGGGCGUGGGUGAUUGUCAGUGGUGGACUGGAUCUCCGAGAGCAAAGUGUCAGCUGCUCCAACCCUGUAAAUGACAACAAACUCAGGAGUCCCCAACCCCAAUAAUGGAUGGCAGUGGUACCUGAGAAAUACGGUGCUAAAGGCUUACUUCGCUGUUUUCUUUGCGAUAACACAGAUUUAUUUACCUUAACAAAUGAUUCUAUCACAGAAAAUCUAAAUUGUGUAUUGUUUUAUGAAAAGGGUCUAUUUUUGUAACAGCGUGUGACAGAAGGACUUUAAGAGUAGAGCAGAGUUUUGUCAUGUAGAGUGUUAGAUGACACCCUCUGAUGGGGAAUUCACACAUAGUAAAGUCUUGCAUAGCAAAGAGUAAAUUACAGGUCGAAAGUCUUAGGCCACCUUACGCUGUGUUGUUUUAGCAGCCAAUGUACCUCAGAAGAGUGCAGAUCUCUGCCAAGGGCAGACAAAAGUCAUUCUGAAGUAUGUUACAAUUCUUGGGAAUGAUUGAAAUAUUGACUCAGACAUUGAAAAUGGGAGCUCACCAAAAUCUGACAGUUUCUUUUCUUGACCCAUGUACUAACCAUCAGUCAGAUGUCUCUUGUGUUAACUGUAUAUUUUAGACCAUUUACUGUUUUACUGUGUCAAAAUGACUGUUGAGGAAGAAAGUAAUUAAAACAACAACGCUAGUGAAGGCCUAAGACUUUUGCACCAAUACGGAUUUGCGUCAUUAAAAAGGCGAGUUGUAACACUUGAUGCAACAAUGCCGUUGGCGAUGAGGAGACAGAGGAAAGGAGAAGCCACAUCAUCAUCCAAAGCAUUUGCUCCAUGCGGUUUCUUCAGUUGGAACAGGGCUAAGCCAUCAUUCGUUGCCUAUACGAUUGCUCUGCUAUUCGAGCACCAUUCCAUUUCUCCAGCAGGACAGAUGUCAGUUACGUAUACAGUAGUGCAAACAUUAGGGCUUUGGUCUCCGAACUCAGGAUGGAUGAUGAUGUGUGUUUUUUGUUGUUGUUUUUUUUUUUUUGGUACAAGUUUUUUUGUGUGUGAAAAGCGGGAAUGGAUCUGUGUUGUGACCGCAACUUUGCUUUUUUGUUUGUUUGAACCCAUGGCAACAGAAGCAUAAAUCGCUAUGGGAACCAGUAGACUCCGGCACGAGAGCCAUAAUAUUGCCAUAUUAACUAAAUAAAUACAUCGCCAGGAUGUGGUGAUGGAAGAAAAUAUUGAGUUAUUUCUCCUUUUGCAGCUAUAACACCUUCCACUCUUCAGUGAAGGCUUUCUAUAAACUGUAGGAGGUUUUUUUUUGAGAAAAUGGAUUGAUGGGUUGAGGUCAGGAUUCAAGUUCUUCCAGACCAAACUCAUCAAAGCUGCUUUAGGCACUGGGGAACAGUUACGGUGGAAUAUCAGGGGCCUUCCUCAAACUGUUCCCACAAGGUUGAAAGCAUAGAAUGAUCAAAAAUGUCUUUCUAAUAUUAAAAACUAAGGAAGAGAUCCAUCCGACUCCUGACUAAUAAAUGAAUUUGUUUAUACUUUGUUUAUAUGUACUGUGGAGUUUCUAUCACGGUAAAGAUGUCAAACUGAAGAAAUAGAACUCAAUUAAAUACAUUUUUACUAAGUUAUCUCAAAGCAUCUUGAAAUCACAGUUGUACCAUUUGAGAGGAUGCAUUCGGGUGUAAGGUUUUUAAAAUUAUUUUUUAGAAAGCUAAUAUUAAACACUAAAGAAGAAGAAAGUACAGUAUGUGGAAAUACAAGUGAACGACAACAUGAAAUGUUCCCUUCACUCCAAGCUUGUGGCAUGUUGUCAACAAAAUAAAACACUCGCUCACAUAUCAAAUCGGUAACGUGCAAUCUUGUUGCAGUCUUGAUUUGUUUCUGACAUCAGUUUUCUGAGACUCAAGUGUUCCCGAAAGGGCGCGUGGUUGUGUUUUUACGAGGAAAACGUUUGACGCCGAACCUUAUGGGGCAUGAGCGGAGGAGUGUCCGUGUGACUCUCCAUUUGUAAAAAUACAAAGAUGAAGAUUUAAAUGAAGACAAUCGAGCCAUAAUAAUCCCCCCAGGGCGUCACUAAGCAGUAGUCAUUCAGGAGGAGCUUAGAGGUCCCAUUACACCAACCAAUACAUGUUGGCUGGCAAUUUUUGUAUCACGGUGAAUAUUUGUGGUGACGAUGGCUGUGAUGAAGAUGAGUAACAAAUAUAUAAUAUAGCACAGAAUUAAUUGCAGGCACUUUCACUACAGCGGAGAGCCAACGGUCUCUUCUGUUUCUGGGUUAUUUUGUAUCAUGUCUCUGUAAUGUUCAUGCAAAGAGAUAAUGCUAUUAAUA